UCGAGCUGUUGGAACCGUAAAAGGCCCCUUUCACAUAAGCCUUAACAUCACCGGACGAAAUCUUUUAGACCCGAGAUUACUUAAUACCAAAAUAGCAGGCGAACCCUGCAAUUCAACAUCAUCUUUAGACAUAUACCAAAAGCCACGUACGAAUGUACAAUGCUGGCGUCCUAUACCUGACAUGACUUCUCAAUUUUUCCAAGGAGAACUAUCCACUUUGAUCCAAGAAUCCAAAAGGAAAAACUCUGACCUUAGAAAUGCGGCAGAAAAAUCCCUCGGUGAACUUAAGGCUCUGCCAUCAACUUCAGAGGUUCAAUUGGCGGCAGACUUGGUACGAAGGCCGCAGUUUGCGAACCCGUUUAUUCUAGCCUGCCAUACUCGCCAUGCCAAACUUGCGGCAGUAGGGGUGGGCUGCAUCCAUAGGCUUGUAGCCUCCGGAGCAUUGCCGUCUGAACAGCUUAAAGAUGUCGUGGAUGGUUUGCACGAAACCACAAAUCUAAGUCUUGAUGUACAGCUCAAAGUUCUCCAAACAUUACCCUCGCUGUUCCAACGGCAUGCAGGCAGCCUGAGCGGUCAACUUCUAGCCAAGACACUGGAAAUAUGUGCAACGAUGCAGACAGUGAAAACAAUAACAGUUGCCAAUACGGCUGCAGCAACCCUUCAGCAGCUUGUGGUAUCUGUCUUUGAAAAGGCUGUCAAAGAAGACGAAGCCUCAACGGACACUACCCCGGUAUCUGUCUCACUAGGAAACGAAAAGGUUGAUAUCUCGGCGGCAAAUUAUGACGCUUGCCGACUACUCGACGAUCUUUGCCGGCUUGUUGAAGGCGAAAGCCUUAGAUAUCUAAGCAUAAAGCCUCUGUCUAAAAUAUUUGUCCUGGAGUUAAUUGAAAGCAUUUUUAUCAACAAUAAUGACAUCUUCGAGAGUCAUCCAGAACAUGCCUAUAUUCUCCGAUACCGUUUAAUGCCGUUAAUAGUGAGGAUUUUGUCUGAACGACACAGCUUCCCGGUUACAGUCCGCGUUUCAAGGAUAUUAUUGCACUUACUGAGAUCUCACUUGCGCCUUUUAGCUGCAGAGUCGGAAGUAGCUUUGAGUCUUCUCAUUCAUUUACUCGAUACUGAUGCCUCGCCACCCUGGAAACGUGCCAUAUCCAUGGAAAUAUUUAGGGUCUUAUAUGCAGAACCAGGGCUAAUAAGACUCAUUUUUCGCUUAUUUGACGAGAAUGAGGAGCGGAAAAACAUCCUUAAGGACCAUAUGGCUUGUCUGGUACGGCUGGCUGCAGAAAAGCCAUCACUCAUAGGUUUAAGCCACCAGUCAACAGUUCCAACAGCUCCUGAAUCAUCUGGGGAAACUCUUGAAGAUCAGGUUGCGCUCGAAGCCGUUGGGGUUGCGGGCGUAAUUGGAAGCCCUUCGACUAGUGCAGAUGCAUGCGGAAUCAGUAGUCAGUGGAGUUUACUGCGCGCCCCAUAUAUUGAAACAUUGGAGAAACUAGAGGCACCAAGCCCCCCGGAGACCUAUAUUUACAGCCUUAUUCUCAACUGUAUCAGCGCACUUUCCGAUAGCAUCGCGAAAUUCAUCCUUCCCCUAGCGGUUGCCGAGACAAAAAGCAGGCGGAGACGACACGGCUCGUCAUCUAAUAACACUAGUGGGACCAUCCCUGAAGAAAAGGCAGCCGCUGGCGAACCGAGAAGCUCAAAAUAUGUUUCCGUUCCGCUGAAUCCGCUUAGCCUCAAAUCUCAUCCACAGAUCGGGGAAAUUCAGAUUGUGGCAGGAAUAAUCGAUGCUUGCUGGCCUGCUGUUCUUGCUACCUCUUCAACUUUCCUGUACGCUGCCUUGGACGGUGAUUUCUACCAUAACCUAGUCCGCGCUUUUCAAAGGCUAGCCCAUGUUGCUGGCCUCUUGAGAUUAAAGACACCAAGGGACGCGUUUCUCACCACCCUUGGAAAAGCUGCAGUCCCUGCCGACGUUGUGAAUAUUACAUCAGCCGCGACAUUAUCUCCUAGGACCGACGAUCACCAUCUAUCGGCUCCUGAAUCUCCUAUUCCAAAGUCCCCACGCGUCGCUGAACUAACCAGCACCUCCAUGGAAAAUCAAGGCGCAACACUGAAUACACGAAACCUCUUAUGCCUUCGGGCGCUGCUGAACCUGGGAAUAGCCUUAGGCCCAACUCUUGACCAAGAGUCCUGGUCUAUAAUCCUUCAGACGCUGCAGCAUGCAGAUCUGAUAACCGGAGUAUCCGCUACUCCAGCCUCCAAACUGCUUGCUCCGGAUCAAAAUGGCGACCCCGUCAGUGUGGAAUCACUCAAAGGGACACUUGGGAACGAAAUCCUAGCCGUUCGAACGGCAGCAGCCAAAAUGCUUGAAAACACACAAGAUUACCCGAACAAAUCGCUAAAAACAUUUUUGCUUUCCCUACUCAACCUAUCAGAACGUACGGAAGAAUCGAAAUGGAGCGGGAUUAAAAAAGAAGCCGGUGCACCUUCUUCCCAAGUCGGUCAACAGACAGGACGGAUCCAUCAAACAAAACGCAGCAUGUCCAUUGCAUUGGGUCGGUCAAGAAUUAGGGAGGAUGAAUUGAAAUUUGUUCUAAAUAAAAUGGGCGAAUUGGCGAAAUCAAACGCUGAAAGACUCGCAACGACUGCCGACAGCGAAGAUAUUUGGGAUAUGACUACGAGUAAUCUGAUUUCAAUCACCAGUGAUGAGCAAAUCAGUCUUUCUCUCCGCUCAAAAGCUAGCGAGGUGCUCAACAAGCUUGUAUUGGACACAAUCAAAAUUGCAAACCCCUUGAACCCUUCGGAACGAGACCGAGUCCAACUUCGUGGUCUCCGUGCCUUAGUAACUGAGAUCUCCAUACUUUAUGAGACUGAGCUUCAUUUUAACUCGAAAGCACGUGGUACAGAUUUCCAACUGCAUGAAUUUGCUCUUGAGACGCUCAAAGCUAUACUAGAAGAGUGCGGCGACUCUAUAACGGCGGGAUGGGACCUGGUUUUUGCCAUAAUAUCAACGGUGUUCAACAGGCGAAAGUCCCAAAAUCGGAAUAGGGAGGCCCCUUCCUCUAGUCUAGCCACCAUUAGCGACUCCGAAGCGGUGCUUGUGAGGUCCCCAAAGCUCGUUCGAACCGCUUAUGACUCCCUCCAGCUUGUGGCCUCGGAUUUCUUAGGUUUACUACCUGCUUCUUGCCUCCUUGAGUUAGUGGAAACAUUUUCUUGCUUUACUUCUCAGCAAGAAGACUUUAACAUUUCGCUUACUACAACCACAUUCUUCUGGAAUAUUUCUGAUUUUAUCCGAGGCCAGAUUGGUAACUUUGCCAUAGCGGAUGAAAUUGAUGUCGCAUCCAGCGAAGAGAACUUAGCUAAAAUGGCCACGGCUACUGACUCAUCAUCAUCGAGACAUGCACUAUGGCUAUUAUUGCUUCUUAAUCUCGUGCAUCUUGCAACUGAUAGUCGCACGGAAAUACGCAAUAGCGCCAUUCAAACCCUUCUUCGAAUAUUCGAGCACUACGGCGAACAGAUAACGCCCAAUGCAUGGCAUUUGUGUUUAAACCGUGUUUUACUUAUGAUGGCGGAGUCUGUUCAGCAGAAGUUGCAAGAGGCGUUGGAAUCUACUGAAAGUGGAAACGCCGAUGACCAAAAAGCCUGGACUGAAACAGCCGUGCUCGUUACAAGAGGGUUUUCAAGCCUUAUCGCCGGAUUUUUUGACGCGAUUAUUCAGUAUCCAAGCUUUCGGGAAUCAUGGAGCCGGCUGCUACAAUACUUUCGCAAUAUCCUCAAUUCUAGCCAACUAGAGUUACAAAGUACUACCUUCGCAAGUUUCGCAGACGUGCUUCAUCGCAUCAAGGGAUACCAGGAUAUUGGCCGAGAGGCGCUGGAAAAAGCCUGGUCAGUCUGGGUUGCUAAUCAUCCUUCCACUAAAGGCCACGAUUCCGAGAAAUCGAACCAGGAAGCCCUGCUAGCCUACUUGAACACAUAUAAGCAACUCUACCGGCUGCUUGGAAAUAACUUGAACGAUGAAGAAAUUGUUAACAUUUUAAGGAACCUUCAGUUUUGUGUGUGGGAGUCAGUCACUUCCCGAUACUCUUCGGACUUGGAACGUCAAUCGGAAGUUCAGAGGUCUGUAAUCGAAUGCUUAAGAACUCUUUGCUCGGAUAAACCGGAUUCUCAACGUGCAAUAAUAAAUUAUCUGGGACAAUUCGCCGAUAGCGCCUUGACGAGAUGGUCGUCCACGGAUCCAAAGGAAAAGCCAACGUUUGUCGCCUUUUCGAAGGCAUCUAUGCAGCUCUUGAGCCAGUAUAUUACAAAUCAGGGGAUAAAUAUAAAUGUUCUAUUGGGGAAUACGCUGAGUGAGGCAGUCAAACAUCUGGUGAAUGCGAUUCUACAUAAGUAUAUCUGGAAGGGGAAAGAUUGCGACCCGCCCCUUUGGCAAAUUGCGACGACGGCUUCAUUAGACAUUCUUGAAAUUGCCAUUCCAUCUAUAGAGAAGGAAUAUGAGCAGAUUCCGCUGGAUGUGGUUGCAAACUUCUGGCUUCCGGUCGUUGAUUUAACUCGCGGUAUUGUUUCGGCUGAUCAUUCAGAAGAUCAUGAUGUUCCCAUGGCCACUGUUGCAAGGGAUGAAAAAUUCGAUAUAGAUGCUUUUUCCCGGCUGCGGGCGCUCAUCAUCCCUUCCUUGGGAUCAAACCUUAUUCCCGAUCGGAUCCGUCGUGACUUUGCGUUUAUCCUUCUAAGUUCGUCACUCAUAUAUCACCCGCAACGCGUUGAUAUUCCUUUGGAGCAGCUAAAGCUCGAACCCCUCAAAGAUCUAUAUGUGAUCCGCAGGGGCCGCACGAUCGAUCCUCGACCAACACUACGAUUUAAUCUAUCCUAUCUCUUAAUAGACACUCUAUUUGACCUCGUGUCAAUGCGGGUGUCUGGAAACAAAAUCGAUUCGCAGGGCGACGCAAAGAGAAACAUGUCGUAUGUCACGCUCGCUAAAUCAAUAUCGCCUUAUUUAGUUCUACGUUGCGGGAUAACGUUGAAAUCAUAUAUUGCUGACCAACCUCUACGAGGCCUUAUGCCUCCACCUAUGGCUGCUCGGAAAGAGCUUUUACAUCUUCUCAAGCGACUUUAUGACCUCCGAAGCGAGCCUGUGGCGAUUCCAGCUACAGGUCCAAAUGCACGCUCCAAAGCUGAUUCAGACAAAUCUGAUAUUAUCGACGAUGAAGCCAAAUACAAGAAACAUCUCGAAUGGGUGUACCCUCUCGUUGUUAAAGGAGUGCCAAUUGCGGGUAGAGAGGCGGAUGAUCGCGAAAUUUUGGAGGCAUUAACAAGGAUUCUAAACUCCGUUGCAAGCCAUUUUGUUCUGCAGGAUUAACCAGUUUUGUAUGUGCGAUUUAUACUUAGAUCGGACGCCUCUUCGGUAAGGGCCCUAUGAUGCUCAUACGUAUUGUUUUGAAUUCUAUUCAAAAUGGCAUUGAUUCUCAGGGAGAUGAGGACAAGCAGGAAAUACCUGACGAGACUGUUGAUAACGUUUCCGGCGAGACAACUCUGUAUUCAAUGUGCUAGCAUACUAUUUUGGAACGAUAACUAAAUGGAACACCUCCAGUAAUGUUGAGAAUUCAA